GCACCUUUCCUCCUUUCCGUGACGGAGAUUGAAACGGCAUCGUGAUCGUCGUGUUUGGGUUCUCGAGAGCCUCGGUUUGGUCGGUUCUGUUGGGAUUGUGAAGGUUUUGGUGGAUAAAAUGUCAAUUGGAGCAGCUGCGGGACGGUCGGUACAUGUUGGUCUGCGUUCAUACCGACCUUUACCAGUCAGCCGUCGGUUCUGCAGCUCUGAUCCAACACCGUCACGAGACAAACCAACGCAGCGGUCCACCUUCAGGCCCAAGCCCAGCUCCACACAUGACUGGAUCGGUCCACCGAACCCCCUGUCCAAUCUGCGUCCCAUCGUGUACCACAUCCCCGAGAAGGAAUCCGAUCUGGAGAAGCGGCUGAGGAUGCUGAGGCAGGAGACGGAAGACUGGAACCAUGAGUUUUGGACCAAGCAGAACAUCAGCUUUAGCAAGGAAAAAGAAGCUUUCAUCAUUUCGCAUCUGAAGGCCAAAGGUUUGACUCUGCGUGACGAAGACGGAAGACGGCGGUCCCUGAACAGCGAAGAGAUGGCUCUGUUUUACAAAAGCUUUUUGGACCAAAACAAGCUCCGACAUGCAAAUUAUAACAGGGAGUGGUACCGACGUAACUUCAGCAUCACGGUGCUCAUGGCCCGAGUCGCUGUCACCAGCAUGUGGAGGACUUUUACCGAGAGGCACCACAGGAAGAACAAAAGCUCUCCGAACACCUGACCGCAUCAUCCUGUUCAGUUUCAUUAAUUUUAGCUGCUGUCUAGACCUGCAACUACAAAGUUUGAGGUAUUUAUGAGUGACUAUUUAAGAAAUGUACAGAGAAGUUUCAGGGACAUCACGUAAGGUUCUGAAUGCUUUUGUCAUUUAAAACACAGAAGCGUGCAGGGCUCCUGCUGCUUAGAGUGCUUGAGCAGAUGUGAGCACAAUAACAUUUAUAAAUUCAUGAAGGUCUCAUUUGUUUAUGUGCACUAUAACAGGAAUGCAUGAGUUAGACAGCUGCUUUCUCAUAAAUAAAAAUGUUUUAUUUGUUUAAUUUUAAGGGUGUUUUUUGGUGCAAAAACCAAAAUAAAUAGUUUGACUCAGACUUUGA